AUGACCGACGCCAUCGCGGCCUUCGACGCGCGCCUGCCGCCGCCGGCGUUCCGGCCGUUCCACGCGUCGCAGCCCGAGUUCGUCGAGGCGCACGUCGACGCGCUCUGCCGCCGCGGCCCGUCGCCGGAGGCGCCGCCGGCGCGCGACGAGGGCACGAGCGCCAUCAUGGAGCCGACGCGCCAGCCCGGGGACGUGCUCUCCGUGUCGCGCGCCUGGCGCGAAGCCGUCGGAUGCGCGCGCGCGGCCUACGAGGCGCGCGGCGGGUCCGCGCUCGGCGUCGGCCCCCGGGCGUCGGCGCGCGGGCCGCUCGUGACGUGCACGACGCCGACGAGCCACCGGCGGCACCACUUCCACGCCCAGCUCUACGCGAGCUUCUGCCAGCAGAGCUGGGAGCCCAAGGAGCUGCUCGUCACCUACGUGCACCGCGCCACGACGGCGGCGACGCUGGGCGACAAGCGCAACGAGCUCGUGUUGGGCGCGCGCGGCGACUUCGUCGCGCUCUUCGACGACGACGCGGUCUACGGCCGCGACUACGUCGCGACGCUCGUCGCCGCGUGCGCCCACGCGCGCGCGCAGUGCUGCGUCCUCGAGGGCGCCUUCUGGCGCUGGCGCCUCGACACGCGGACCUACGAGUUCGUCGACUCCGCGGCGGGCACGGGCGAGCGCCAGCUCUUCCGGCGCGACGCGUUCCGCCUCGACGUGCCCGAGCGGCGCUUCUCGUCGGUGGCCAUCGGCGAGGAGACGAGCGAGUGGCUCACGCACGGCGUCAAGGCGCCCGAGGGGAGCGCCUGCUUCCUCCAGGUGUUCCACGACGGCCACACGAGCCACGUGGGCAAACCGGACCGGAACCCGACGUCCGCGGGCGUCGCGAAGCCCGAGGCCGACGUGCCGGCGAACCUCCGGGCGCUCCUCGCGCCGCUGCUGAGGUCGCCCUUCCUUCGGGCGGCCGACGUGCGCCGCUGGCGGGCCCUCUUCCGCCGCGACGGCGACGGCCGCGACGACCGCGGCGGCGGCCGCGGCGACCGCGACGCGAUCCUCGACUCGGCCGACGCGCGGCGCGCGCGCCAGGCGGCGCUCGGCGCCGUCGCCGAGGGGCGCGGCCGGCUCGCGGUCGUCGGGCCCCGGGGCGUCCUCCUCCGCGGCGCCGUCCACCUCGACGCGCCGCGCGUCGGCGCGGCGCCCCGCGGCGCGACGUGCGAGCCCCGCGAGGUCGGCCUCGCGAAGGAGGGCGCCGCGACGUGGCGCGUGCGCGUCGCCGCGGCGGGCCUCGAGGGCUGGUGCACGCUCAAGCCCGAGCUCCUCGCGCCGGACUUCGACGACGACGCCGCGGUCGACAUCCUCCUCGGCCUCGAGCCGCCGCCGGGCCUGGAGCUGUGA